AUGGCGAAAAACUAUUACAAGUACGAGCCUUCUAUGGCAGCAGCCGUCAUCUUCAUCAUCACCUUCUCGGCUUCGUCUCUGCUGCACGCCUUCCAGAUCAUCAAGACCAAGACAUGGUUCUUCAUCCCCUUCUUGGUCGGUUCAUUGUUUGAAACGAUCGGCUUUGUCGGACGAGCUAUAGGCGCUGAAGAGUCGCCCGAUUAUACUUUCGCCCCAUACGUGAUACAGCAUUUGCUGCUUCUCCUCGGACCGACGUGCUACGCCGCUUCUAUUUACAUGAUUUUGGGGCGACUCAUCCGCCUGCUGGACGCCGAGAGAUACUCGCUGAUCAGGUCCAGUUGGCUGACCAAGUUUUUCCUGAUUGGAGACUUGCUUUCUAUCGCGCUACAGGGCAUUGGAGGCGGGAAGGUUGUAAAUGCCGAGACCGAAGACGAUCGAUCGACUGGAGAGAACAUUAUCAUCGCCGGACUUGUCGUGCAGAUCAUCUUCUUCAGUCUGUUCAUGAUCGUCACAUGUCUCUUCCACUUCAGAAUCAGGAAGAACCCAACUGCCAGAGCGGAGAGCAUUAAUACCCGCUGGGAGCUGUUUCUGGUCAUCCUGUACAUCACCAGCAUCCUAAUCCUGAUCCGUUCUCUAUUCCGUCUGGUCGAGUAUGCCAUGGGCCACGACUCGGAGCUGCAGUCUAAGGAGGUCUACAUCUACGUUUUGGAUGGUGUACCUAUGUUGAUUGCAAGCACCCUCUUCAAUAUCUUCCAUCCAUCCAAGUACCUCGUGGCUGGGAAGCAGAUUGUGGAUGGGUCGGAUUCGGAGUUGCAGUUGGCGGAUCAUGAUACAGCGUAUCGGCCUGUCGCUUGA